CGCACAUACUCUCUCACUUUGCAGUCAGUCAGAGAAAGAAGAGUUCGAAAAAGGUACCUCCGUUGAUUAGAACAGAUAAUUAAUGGGAAUUUAAAUUUUGGGAAAUAUUCAAGUUUUUAGAUGAAGAUGGGACCAAUAGAAAUGCAGGAAUCGAGGAGGGUUAUUAUUUGUAAUUGUAAAGAUCAGGAUGUUGUUGUUGUUACUGUUCAUGAUGCUGAUGCAACAGCAAAAGGGAGCAAUUAUAAUAAUCCUAAUCACACUGUUUUCAAAAAGAAAAGCAGGAGUCUUGAGUUAUAUAAAGCGGCACGCAGCGGUGACUGGAAGACGGCGAAGUCUAUAUUUGAAUUGGAUUCAUCAACUCUUACAAUGAAGUUAAAUGAUGAAGGAGACACUGCUCUUCACAUUGCUGCUGCUAAAAAGCAUGUCUCUUUUGUGCAUAAUUUGGUUCAGCUCAUCUCCUCAUCCGACUUGGCUCUCAAAAAUGAUAGAGGAAAUACUGCCCUCACUAUUGCCUCUAUGUCGGGUGUUGUAAAAAUUGCCAAACUAAUGGUGGACAAGAAUCCCACUCUCCCAAAUCUUCUCAAUCCUCAAAAUCCUCAAAAUCCAAUUCCUGUUUUUGUUGCAAUUGCUUACAAGCGCAGAGACAUGGCUUCCUUCCUCCUCUCUAAGACCAAUUUCUAUGCUUUACAUACUUCUCAACAGAUUCAACUUUUUAUUGCUACCAUCUCCCUUGAUUAUUAUGACAUAGCAUUGAAAAUUCUUAAAAAGAAACCAGAAUUAGCAUUGGAACGGAGGGAGGAAAAUGGCGACACAGCUUUGCACGUCCUGGCCAGAAAACCAUAUGGAACAAUUGGUAGCAGUAGUGAGCUUCGGAAAACAUAUCUAAAAUUCUGUAAUACCGUGAGAUUUCUAGGCUUCAAAGGACUCUACAAUAAACUUUUGAUGCAAACAUUAGCUCGUCGAGUGGUUGAACGUUUAUGGGAGGUUAUUUUUGGUAGCCUUAAAAAAGACGAUAUGAAAAAGUUGAUCCAAAGUCCCUCUAUAUUAAUGCACGAUGCGGCAAGAGUUGGAAAUGUCGAGAUCUUAAUCGUGCUCAUUCGUUCAUGUGUUGAUCUGAUAUGCAUAGUUGAUGAUGAUAAUAAAACCAUGUUUCACGUAGCAGCUGAAAAUCGACAGGAAGAUGUGAAAGAUGUCUUCACUUUAAUAUAUGAGAUAGAAAGGAUAGACACAAUAAUGACGAGAAGAAUAUUGUCUAUGAGUUGUGAGAAAAAUAAAUGCUUCAGCAUGCUACAUAUGGUUGCAAAAUUGGCUGCUCCAUCUCACUUGAGUAGAGUCUCCGGAGCUGUUCUUCAAUACCAACGAGAGAGUGCAUGGAUGGAGGCCGUGCAGGACAUGAUCAAGUUUUCUGAGCAUURUAUGAUUGGAUCUGUUCRUKUACGAUWUAAUCAUGGGAUUSUUGAUCUAGCUUAUCAUAGAUGUUGGUCGYYCAACCCUUUGUUCGCAUUGAUGCAYGAUGACCUUCUAGGCGAGUGUAGAGAGCAGAUCAGAAUUACAGCAUUCACGUGUAUGUCAAUGGCAACCUUAAUUAUAAUUGUGGUUUCCAUAGCAUCCUUCAUGAUGUCAAAGGCCAAUUAUGGCCAUGGGGACAGUACUACAAACAAUAAUAUUAUAAUAAUUCAUACUUUCUGGCAAAACCAUGGAUUCACUGUGUUCAGAACAUUAAACAUUGUAUCUGUGGUGUCAUCUAUAACUUCGAUACUCGGCUUUCUAUUUCUUCUUCUGCCGCGCCAUUUUGAAGGUGAUUUCUUGGAAUUGGUGCCCAUUAAGUUGAUGRUGGGACUGAUGAUGCUAUUUGUUGCUGGAGUAUGCAUGGUGUUGGCUUUUAGUGUCAUCUUCUUCACUGCAWAUCAUCAACYAAAGGCUAAGCCUUUGGUGGCUAUUGGGGCAGCAUCCACCCUUCCAUUUUGCUAUGUUUGUGUGGUUCACUCAAAACUUGUG